AUGUUGGACCCGUCGUCCAGCGAGGAAGAGUCGGAUGAGAUCGUGGAAGAGGAGAGCAGCAAGGAGGUGCUGGCCCCGGCGGCCUCGGGGCCACGGCUUUCCCCCAGCCGGACCAGCGAGAGCUCUGGGGGCGGGGGCGGGGGUCUGCAGCCCAGCAGCCGGAGUGGGAGCAGCGUCCGGCCUUCCAGCCCCAGCCCUUCGGUGGUGAGCGAGAAGGAGAAGGAAGAGCUGGAGAGGCUGCAGAAGGAGGAAGAGGAGAGGAAGAAGAAACUGCAGCUCUAUGUCUUCGUCAUGAGGUGCAUCGCCUACCCCUUCAACGCCAAGCAGCCCACUGACAUGGCCCGGAGGCAGCAGAAGAUAAGCAAACAGCAGCUCCAGACUGUCAAGGAUCGUUUUCAAGCUUUCCUCAAUGGAGAAACGCAGAUUGUCGCCGACGAAGCUUUCAUGAAUGCAGUCCAGAGUUAUUAUGAUGUGUUUCUGAAGAGCGAUCGUGUUGCCAGAAUGGUGCAGAGUGGGGGAUUCUCAGCAAAUGACUCCCGGGAAGUCUUCAAGAAGCACAUCGAAAAAAGAGUCCGUAGCCUCCCUGAGAUUGAUGGCCUCAGCAAGGAGACUGUCCUGAGUUCCUGGAUGGCAAAAUUUGAUGCGAUAUAUCGCGGUGAAGAGGAUCCCCGCAAAGCACAGGCCAGAAUGACAGCAAGUGCCGCUUCGGAGCUCAUUCUCAGCAAAGAGCAGCUGUACGAGAUGUUCCAGAACAUCUUGGGAAUCAAGAAAUUUGAGCAUCAGCUUCUAUACAACGCAUGUCAGCUGGAUAAUCCAGAUGAACAAGCAGCACAAAUCAGACGGGAAUUAGAUGGACGUCUCCAAAUGGCAGAUCAGAUUGCCAAGGAACGCAAAUUUCCUAAAUUUGUAUCCAAAGAAAUGGAAAACAUGUACAUUGAAGAACUGAAGUCCUCUGUCAAUUUGCUGAUGGCUAACUUGGAGAGCAUGCCAGUGUCCAAAGGUGGCUCUGAGUUCAAGUUGCAAAAGCUGAAACGCAGUCACAACACCUCAAUCAUUGACAUGGGAGAAGAAAACGAAAACCAGCUCUCAAAAUCAGAUGUCGUACUAUCUUUUUCCUUGGAGGUUGUCAUUAUGGAAGUGCAAGGCCUCAAAUCCUUAGCACCUAACCGCAUUGUAUACUGCACAAUGGAAGUGGAGGGGGGAGAAAAACUGCAAACGGAUCAGGCUGAGGCAUCAAAACCAACCUGGGGGACUCAGGGUGACUUUUCCACAACACACGCCCUUCCAGCAGUGAAGGUGAAGCUGUUUACCGAGAGUACCGGCGUGCUGGCAUUAGAAGACAAAGAACUUGGGCGGGUGGUUCUUCAUCCAACACCAAACAGUCCAAAACAAUCUGAGUGGCACAAAAUGGCUGUUUCCAAAAACUGCCCCGAUCAUGAUCUGAAAAUCAAACUUGCAGUCCGAAUGGAUAAACCUCAAAACAUGAAGCAUUCUGGGUAUUUGUGGGCCAUUGGCAAAAAUGUCUGGAAGAGAUGGAAGAAAAGGUUCUUUGUGCUAGUCCAGGUUAGUCAAUAUACAUUUGCUAUGUGCAGCUACCGAGAGAAAAAAGCUGAGCCACAAGAGCUGCUGCAGCUUGAUGGAUACACAGUGGACUACACGGACCCACAACCAGGUUUGGAGGGUGGCAGAGCAUUUUUCAAUGCAGUGAAGGAAGGAGACACUGUGAUUUUUGCAAGUGACGAUGAGCAGGAUCGUAUCCUGUGGGUCCAAGCCAUGUACCGAGCUACUGGACAGUCGCACAAACCUGUGCCACCCACUCAAGUUCAGAAGCUUAAUGCUAAGGGAGGAAACGUACCCCAGCUAGAUGCCCCCAUCUCUCAAUUUUAUGCAGAUAGAGCUCAAAAGCAUGGCAUGGAUGAAUUUAUCUCUUCCAAUCCCUGUAACUUUGACCACGCUGCACUCUUUGAGAUGCUUCAACGCCUCACUUUGGACCACAGACUUAAUGAUUCCUAUUCUUGUCUGGGCUGGUUCAGUCCUGGCCAGGUAUUUGUGCUCGAUGAGUAUUGCGCCCGUAAUGGAGUCAGAGGCUGUCAUAGGCAUCUCUGCUACCUCAGUGAUUUGCUUGAGCGAGCAGAAAAUGGAGCAAUGAUUGACCCCACCUUGCUUCACUACAGUUUUGCCUUUUGUGCUUCGCAUGUUCACGGCAACAGGCCUGAUGGAAUAGGAACUGUAACAGUAGAAGAGAAGGAACGUUUUGAAGAAAUCAAAGAGAGGCUGCGAUUGUUACUGGAAAACCAGAUCACACAUUUUAGGUAUUGCUUCCCAUUUGGCCGGCCAGAAGGUGCAUUAAAAGCCACACUAUCGCUUUUGGAAAGGGUUUUGAUGAAAGACAUAGUUACUCCAGUCCCUCAAGAGGAGGUAAAAGCCGUCAUCCGUAAAUGCUUAGAACAAGCUGCAUUGAUUAACUAUACUCGGCUAUCAGAGUAUGCCAAAAUUGAAGAGAAUCAAAAGGAUGCAGAAAAUGUAGGUCGGUUAGUCACACCUGCCAAAAAGCUAGAAGAUACAAUUCGCCUGGCAGAAUUGGUUAUUGAAGUUCUACAGCAGAAUGAAGAACACCAUGCAGAGGGGAAAGAGGCCUUUGCUUGGUGGUCAGACUUAAUGGUUGAACAUGCAGAAACUUUCCUCUCUUUGUUUGCGGUGGAUAUGGAUGCUGCACUAGAAGUCCAGCCCCCAGAUACCUGGGACAGCUUUCCACUAUUUCAGCUACUCAAUGAUUCCCUCCGUAACGACUAUAAUUUAUGCAAUGGAAAAUACCACAAACAUCUUCAAGACCUGUUUGCUCCGCUUGUUGUUAGAUAUGUGGAUCUCAUGGAAUCCUCAAUUGCACAAUCAAUUCACAGGGGCUUUGAGCGGGAGUCGUGGGAGCCAGUAAAGAGUUUAACAAGUAAUCUGCCCAAUGUGAAUCUACCAAAUGUGAACCUCCCUAAAGUUCCAAAUCUGCCAGUAAACAUCCCACUAGGCAUCCCCCAAAUGCCUACCUUUUCUGCACCGUCAUGGAUGGCUGCUAUAUAUGAUGCUGACAAUGGAUCAGGAACAUCAGAAGAUCUGUUUUGGAAACUUGAUGCCUUACAGACCUUCAUCAGGGAUUUACAUUGGCCUGAGGAAGAAUUUGGGAAACACCUAGAGCAACGCUUAAAACUUAUGGCUAGUGAUAUGAUUGAGUCCUGUGUGAAAAGAACCAGGAUUGCCUUUGAAGUAAAGCUACAAAAAACAAGCCGGUCAACAGAUUUCAGAGUCCCUCAGUCAAUAUGCACCAUGUUUAAUGUUAUGGUUGAUGCCAAAGCUCAGUCGACAAAACUUUGCAGUAUGGAAAUGGGCCAAGAGCACCAGUAUCAUUCAAAAAUAGAUGAACUAAUUGAAGAAACCGUCAAAGAAAUGAUAACGCUUCUAGUAGCAAAGUUUGUCACCAUUCUGGAAGGAGUCUUGGCUAAACUAUCCAGAUAUGAUGAAGGGACAUUGUUUUCCUCUUUCCUGUCAUUUACUGUGAAGGCAGCUUCCAAAUACGUGGAUGUGCCCAAACCAGGGAUGGAUGUUGCUGACGCCUAUGUGACCUUCGUUCGCCACUCUCAGGACAUCCUGCGUGAUAAGGUCAAUGAGGAGAUGUAUAUAGAAAGGUUAUUUGAUCAAUGGUACACCAGCACCAUGAAUAUGGUUUGCACCUGGCUGACAGACCGCAUGGACCUUCAGCUUCACAUCUAUCAACUAAAAACCCUUAUUAGGAUAGUAAAGAAAACAUUCAGAGAUUUUCGAUUGCAAGGAGUUCUGGAUUCUACCCUGAACAGCAAAACCUAUGAAACAGUGCGAAACCGACUGACUGUAGAAGAAGCCACGGCCUCAGUAAGUGAAGGAGGAGGGCUUCAAGGGAUCACCAUGAAAGACAGCGAUGAAGAAGAUGAAGAGGAUGAUUAGCCCCCUCGUCUCCCCCUCUCAACUUGGAUGUAGCCUGGAAACCAGUGCAUGUAUCUAGUCUGUUAUUCAGUUAGCCACAUUAGGACAUUUUCUGUCAGCUCUAAAUGCCCAUGGAAAGUCUCCCAAUACAAUUGCCAUUUUAGCUGUGUGGUACUUAAG